UGGUAUAAGUUACAGGUUAAAAACGUAAAUUUUCAUAUCGUCUUCCUGCAACUUAGGGUACCGACUACUCAUGGAUGAGAGAUAGAGUUCAGCGACAAAAAUCAGCACACAACAGUGAAUCCCGUAUAACACUUGUUUUGCUCCAGAAACCCCACUGCGAUUAUUAUCAAAAUAAGAAAUGAUUUCGACGGAGGACGGCAGGUGUCUAUAAGAAAAUUUGGUGACUUCAGGGCAUCGCCUCCGGUGACGAUGAGAUUUUGAAUGGAGUUACAAAACCAGGUGGCGCAUGCGGUUCACGUCCUGAAUCACGAUGCUCAAUCUUGCAAUCGCGUCUCUGCUAAUCAGUGGCUGGUUCAGUUCCAGCAGACUGAUGCUGCUUGGGAGAUCGCCACCUCAAUUCUGACCUCUGACCAUCCUAAGCCAUACGUUUCCGACUUCGAAGUUGAGUUCUUCGCUGCUCAAGUUCUUAAGCGAAAGAUCCAAAAUGAAGGACAUUGUCUACAACUGGAAGCAAAGGAAUCUCUUGUUAAUGCUCUCCUUCUGGCUGCUAAAAGAUUUAGUUUGGGCCCUCCCCAGCUCUUAACACAAAUUUGCUUGGCUCUAUGCACUCUCAUACUUCAUGCUGUGGAAUACCACAAACCAAUUGAGAAGCUAUUUUACAGUCUUCAGAAUCUUCAAGGUCAGAAUGAUGGCAAUAUUGCUGUUUUAGAAAUGCUCACAGUCUUACCUGAAGUUGUUGAAGAUGAAUGUGCUACUUAUAAGACCAAGUCUGGUCAUAGAGUUGACUAUGGUCCAGAGCUACUCUCACAUACAUCAUCAGUGCUAGAGUUUCUACUCCAGCAGUCAAAGGAAAGCUUUGAUGGUGUGAUUCAGUUACAUGACAGAAGCAGAAAGAUACUGCGUUGUUUGUUAAGUUGGAUUCGAGCAGGAUGCUUCUCAGAAAUCUUACCAGUCUCCUUACUAGCCCAUCCCCUUCUUAAUUUCGUUUUCAACUCUGUGCAGGUUUUGUCCUCAUUUGAUUUGGCAAUUGAGGUUCUCAUCGAGCUCGUUAGUCGACAUGAGGGACUGCCACAAGUUCUUAUAUUGAAAGUAGGGUUUCUUAAAGAUGUUCUUCUUCGAGCUUUUAGUAGUGGAGAUGAGAAAGUAAUUAGUGGUCUUGCAUGCUUGAUGUCAGAGAUUGGUCAGGCUGCUCCAAGCUUGAUUAUAGAAGCCAAUUCUGAAGCCCUUGUCCUGGUGGAUGCACUUUUGAGUUGUGUAUCGUUUCCAAGUCAAGAUUGGGAGAUUGCAGACUCAACUUUGCAGUUUUGGUGUAGUCUUGCUAGCAAUAUUGUCCGAAUGGAAGAUGAGCUGACAGAAAAUAGUAAACAUGUGAAAGAUGUUUUUUCUCCAGUAUUUUUAGCAUUGCUUGAUGCUCUUCUGAGUCGUUCUCAGGUGGAUGACUCAACAUAUGGUGAUACUGCAACAAGGGAGUUGCCAGAUGGGCUUGCUCAGUUUAGAUUAAAUUUAGUUGAGCUUUUGGUGGACAUUUGCCAGCUUUUGAAGUCUGCUGUGUUUUUGCAAAAGAUUUUUUUUGGUGGUUGGUUGUCUUCAAACGUACAAAUUCCAUGGAAGGAGGUGGAAACCAGAAUGUCUGCUCUUAAUGUGGUUGCUGAUGUAGUACUACAAGAAGGUCAAACAUUUGAUCUCUCCAUGGUUUUGCACUUGGUGACAAUUUUAUGUGACAGGGAAUCAUACGAACCAAAAGGCUUUAUGUGCAUUGUACAUAGAUCACUUGUAGAUGUUAUUGGUUCCUAUUCAAAGUGGAUGUCUUCUUAUGUAACUAAUGCCAGGCCAUUACUUUUAUUUUUUGCAGCUGGUAUGUCAGAACCUUUAUGCUCGCAUGCCUGUGCAACUGCCUUUAGAAAGUUGUGUGAAGAUGCUACUGCAGUUAUGCACAAACCUUCAAGUUUAGAAAUGUUAAUGUGGAUUGGAGAGGGAUUGGAAAAGAGACACUUACCUUUAGAAGACGAGGAAGAUGUUAUUGGUGCUGUUACGUUGAUACUUGCUCACCUUCCUAACACGGAAUUAAGGAACAAUUUGUUGCUUAAGUUGCUUUCUCCUAGCUUCGAAUCUAUUGGAAAACUUAUUGAUGGGGAUCAUGUCCUCACUUUGAGGCAACUACCAGCUGCUUAUACUCAUCUUGUCAACUCUUCAGUGAGGGGGUUUUACAGGAUAGGAACGGUGUUUGGUCAUCUUGUAACACCUGUCUCUACAUCUCCUGAUAUCGACAAUUCCAUAAUUGCCCUUCUUGAAACCUUUUGGCCUAUGCUUGAAAAAUUCUUUCAGUCGGAGCACAUUGAGAACACAAGCUUAUCCAUGGCAGCAUGCAGGGCUCUCUCACAGGCAAUCAAAUCCGCAGGUCAUCACUUUUGCUACAUUAAAGCAGCUUGUAUUGUGAUUGAAGAAUUUGGUAACAAGGAGGAAUAUGGAGCUUUAUUUAUGAGUACGCUUGAAAGAUUUACACAUGCAUCAUCUGUAAUGGCCAUAAAUUCUUCUUAUGUGUGUGAUCAAGAGCCCGAUCUUGUGGAGGCUUAUUGUAGUUUCACAUCAAUCUUUCUUUGCAGCUGUCCAAAGGAAGUAGUAGCGUCUUCUGGUCCUCUUCUUGAAGUUUCACUUCAGAAAGCAGCUAUAUGCUGUACAGCUAUGCAUCGUGGAGCAGCACUUGCAGCAAUGUCGUAUAUGUCUUGUUUUCUUGAGUUUGGGGUGAGUUCAUUGCUGGAAUCGGUGACAUCCAACUCUGCAUCCAUGGUGGUUCAAGUAAUAUCUCAUAGCGAAGGGAUUGUAUCAAAUGUUGUGUAUGCCUUACUUGGUGUUUCUGCAAUGUCAAGGGUUCACAAAUCUGCAACUAUCUUGCAACAGUUGGCGGCCGUAUGCAGUUUUAGUGAAAAAACAAAAUGGAAUUCUCUUCUCUCUUGGGAUUCUUUACGUGGAUGGCUACAUUCUGCGGUGCGGAGUCUACCGGGUGAGUAUUUAAGGCAUGGGGAAGCGGAAUCUUUGGCACCUGUAUGGCUAAAGGCUCUGGGUGAUGCAGCAUUUGAUUAUGUGGAAAGCAGAACCAGUGAUGGAGAGAAGAAUCAUAAACAUAUGAGGGGAAAGGGUGGAAGGUUUCUCAAGUCUUUAUUCCGUGAAUUUGUUGAUAGUCAUCGAAACAUUGGAACAUGAUGAUAUUUUUGCUGCAAUUCAAUCUUGCAUUUGCAUUUGGACAUUCUGGUAUUCCUUGUAUCAGUAGUUUACAAUCAAAUAAUCUGUAUUUUUGUACCCAAAUUUUGUAUUUCUAUUCAUAUAUUUUUGCUUUGGCGUCUACCUUGCUGACAAGGUGAUGAAGUAAACAAGGUAAUGAUUGACAUGUAUAAUUUUCUUGCUUAAACUUCAAUAAAUUUCAUGUAAUAUC